AUGGAUGCCGAGAAUGCACGUAAAAAUUGGGAAUUGGAAAACAACAUCCAAACGGUAGAUCCUGCCAAAGACCAGAUUUACUAUUAUGAUGCACAGCUCGAUAAAGAUAAUGUCGCGCAGCAACCGUGGAAGACAAACCCAAACCACUACAAAUAUGUAAAGAUAUCUGCCAUUGCUCUCAUCAAAAUGGUGAUGCAUGCGCGUUCCGGAGGCAACAUUGAAAUUAUGGGUUUAAUGCAAGGCAAAGUUCAAGGAAACACAAUGUACAUUAUGGAUGCAUUUGCACUUCCUGUUGAAGGUACAGAAACCAGAGUUAAUGCCCAGAGUGAAGCGUAUGAGUACAUGGUUACAUACAUGGAGAGAGCCAAAGAAGCCGGCCGGCUAGAGAAUGCGAUUGGGUGGUAUCAUUCUCACCCUGGCUAUGGGUGUUGGCUAUCUGGAAUCGAUGUAAGCACUCAGAUGCUUAAUCAACAAUACCAAGAGCCCUGGGUCGCAGUUGUGAUUGACCCCAAUCGUACCAUGUCUGCUGGAAAAGUGGAUAUUGGUGCUUUUCGAACAUACCCAAAGGGCUAUAAACCUAAAAAUGAUGACCCUUCAGAGUACCAGACAAUUCCACUGGAUAAGAUCGAAGACUUUGGUGUCCAUGCUAAGUCUUAUUAUCCUUUGGAGAUCACCCAUUUCAAAUCAUCUUUGGAUAGUCAUUUGCUAGAAGUUCUAUGGAACAAAUACUGGGUUAAUACAUUGUCUCAAUCCCCUCUUCUGACAAAUCGAGAGUAUUCUACUAGACAGAUGACUGAUUUAGCAGAGAAGCUCAAGAAAACUAACAGUAGUAUGACUGGGCGUAUGGGAGGAUAUUAUGGAGACAGAAAGAAAAAUGAUGAGAGUCAACUUGGAAAAGUUACCAAGGAUAGUACAAAGAUCUCAGUCGAGGCUGUUCAUGGCUUGCUUUCUCAGGUUCUUAAAGAUGUGGUGUUUAAUCAAACCAGUCAAGCAAGAGCUUGUGGAUGUAGACCUAAAUAG